AUAACAAAGCGGGUUAUUCCGACUUGCUGCUAUAAAACGAAGUAUGCAGCAAAUACUCGUCGUCACCAGUAUUAAACAUGAAGAUCCUCGUGCUCUGCCUCCUCAUUGCUGGGGCUCUUGCUGCCCCCUCUCGCAAGCCUACCUUCCGUCGGGGUCUCAACAGAAUCGUCGGUGGACAGGAAGCUACGCCAGGACAGUUCCCGUAUCAACUAAGCUUCCAGGACAUUUCUUUUGGAUUCGAAUUCCAUUUCUGUGGAGCGUCCAUAUACAAUGAGCACUGGGCUGUAUGUGCUGGACACUGCGUUCAGGGAGAAGACAUGAACAGCCCGGACUACCUCCAGGUUGUGGCUGGUGACCACACUCUUUACCAUGAUGAAGGACACGAGCAGAAGGUAGUACUCUCCAAAAUUAUCCAGCACGAGGAUUACAACUCGUUUACCAUCAGCAACGAUGUUUCCGUUCUCCAUCUGUCGAAGUCUCUGACCUUCAACGAUAGGGUUGAUUCUAUCCCCCUCCAAUCUGAGAAAGAAUUCCUCGGUGACUGUGUCGUGUCAGGCUGGGGCACAACUACUGAAGGAGGUCAAAGUCCGGCCAAUCUUCAUUACGUUGAGGUUCCUACCGUUACCGACGCUGAGUGUCGCAAACACUAUGGCGACAGUGAGAUCGACGACUCCAUGAUCUGUGCUGGCCUGCUUGAAGGAGGAAAGGAUGCUUGCCAGGGUGACUCUGGUGGACCUCUGGCAUGUAACGGCCACCUGACUGGUAUCGUCUCGUGGGGAUACGGCUGUGCCCGUCCCAACUAUCCAGGGGUUUAUGCAGAAGUGGCCCACUUCAAGGCAUGGAUUGAAGCAAACACUGUUUAAAUGUUAUGCUUCAAUUAUCACAUUUGUAGAAUUCACGAAAUAAUAAAGACCACAAACCUA